AUGUAUGUGCGUUAUAAGCAACAGCGGCAAACAUCACUGUGUCACAUUUUUGGCCAGGAAACAUAUCAUUUGCACAAAUCGAAGCCCCAGGCACAGACAACUUUUGUACUAAAUUACAUUCACAAUUCUAUUUGUGCAUCUAUCUAUCUAUCUAUCUAUCUAUCUAUCUAUCUAUCUAUCUAUCUAUCUAUCUAUCUAUCUAUCUAUCUAUCUGUAUUGUCCAUAGCAGACUUUAUUCUGUUUUUCUGUCUUUCUCUCUGUCAGAUUUUCUCUUUCUCAUAUUCUAUCAUUAUAAAUCAAUGGCCUGACCUUCUCAAAUACAUUGAAGGUCUUCCGUCUCUAUCUCCCUCUUCUCUCUCUCUCUAUCUCCCAUUAGAAAUCUUAUUUUUCUCUUUCUCAUUCCCUAUCAGCUUUCUUUUCCCCUUUUUUCUCUCUUUGCCCUUUUCUUUUUUUUUUUUUUUUUGCUUUUUCUCUCUCUCUCAAGUUAUUUUAUUUUCCUUUGUCGCCAUCAGAAAAAGCAUUAUCUGA